CUUUCUUUUUUUUUUUUUUUUUUUUAAUUAGAUACUCCGUACAUAAGAGUGCUACAAGCAAUGCUGGAGAACGAUCUGAGAUUACAGCCAACCCCUAGCCCCCUCCAGCGGGCGCUGCGAACCCUAUCUAUCAGACGUGCUUGAACUUCGUCCCUGAACCCACUCCCAUCCACGGGCAGGCCUGUGUGUGUCACGGCGGUGGGAAAUACAUCCAUAGAACCUUUCAUCGGGUGAGUCGCGUCAAGGCGCACGGUGGCCUGGGGAUCGGCUCUCCAGAGGCUGCUCCACCACCCCACGGCUUCAGUGACCAGAGCUUACAUGUAUGAUGCGUGUACUCCGUACGGAGUACAGUACGAAUGUAUCUCUUCGGCGUACCACGCACACCUUUUCCGCUCCACCGCGACAGAUGAGGCAAUCCUCUCCUCCAACAGCACCCGGCCAGUUCAACCCGUUAUCGGCAUGGUGCCCAUACUACAAUACAGCAAUCAGCCAGGAAAGAAACGGUGGAGAGUGGACCUCGUCGACGACUCCGUUCCAAAAGGGCAGAUCCGUUGCCAUCCAGGGUCGAUCUGGCAAGCCGCACUCCCACUAGCCCGCAAAGGGAAAUCAUGCCGGCCGGCGUGGGCUUCUGAGUGGCUGAUAAUGAGCCACUGUGGAUCCCUGUUCCCCCUUUUAGUGUUCUCGGUCAAAGAGGAAAGUCCCACAUGUCAUGCAGUGUAAGAACGCAGGUUAACGUAUAUGUAUGUAUGUAUGUAUGUAUGGACAGUACAGCGCCAGGCAAAAUUAGCAUAGAAAUUAGCGUGUACAGUAGCGUAUUUAAUACUGGAAUUCUAUUGG